GAUCUAUUCAAACCUCCACGCGACGGACAAUUGUGAAUUCAAAUUUAAGCGCGUCUUCCGUAUUCACGAAUAUAAUGUUCUGAUCAUCCACCAUCACAAGUAACAACAAUGCCGCACCAUGUCUUGCCCGUGAUCACGCGUUCGGAGGUGAACGCUCCCAAAGAGCCUCUCACCAAAUUAUACAACAUCAGCGAUCCACCAUACCACGGCCAACUACCUUCUAACACCAGCGCAUACCGCAAGAGCGAUGCCAACACCGCGAUCGUCAUCGACAAUGGCUCCUCGACAGUUCGUGCAGGCUGGCAGAGCGAUGCCGCGCCUCGACUGCAAUUCCCUCCUCUCAUGGCAAGAUACAUGGAUCGCAAGCUGAAUCGCAAGUUGCAAUUUAUCGGCAGCGAGAUUUUCUUCGACGGAACUGCGCGAGGACAGGCGAAGAAUGUCUAUGAGCCUGGAAGCAAUAUCGUGAACAAUUGGGAUGCGCAAGAGGGAAUACUCGACUACAUCUUCAUCAAGCUCGGGAUUGAGGAUUCAGUGGACAGGCCGAUCGUUAUGACAGAGCCACUGGCCAAUGUCGGAUAUGCGAGGAAAGUUAUGAGCGAGAUCUUCUACGAGCUAUACAAUGUCCCCAGCGUCGCAUAUGGAGUGGACUCGUUGUUCAGCUACAGGUACAACCGCGGCACAACGGGUCUGGUGGUGUCCAGCGCGAACACCAGCACACACCUCAUUCCUGUGGUCGACAAGCAGCCGCUCAUCAACCAGGCGACGCGUCUUGAUUGGGGCCGAUCACAAUGUGUGGACUUUCUUAUGAGGUUGCUGAAGACCAAGUACCCUGGACUUCUCACGAGCGGCAAAGUCACGGAGACGCAAAUCGAGGAUCUCAUCAAAUCACACUGCUAUGUCGCCCAGGACUACGAGAAUGAUAUGGUGAAGCUUCUGGAUUGGACUGGGCUGGAGGACAGAGAUCGUGUGGUGCAGCUUCCGUUCCAGGAAAAGGAAGUGGUUGUGAAAACGGAGGAGGAGAUCCGACGCGCGGAAGAGAAGAGACGAGAAGGUGGACGACGGUUGCAAGAGCAGGCGGCGAAAAUGCGUCUCGAGAAGUUGGUGCAGAAGGAGCAGGAAUUAGAAUACUACAAAGAUCUCCAGAGGAGGAUAUCAGAGGCUACAACCAAGAAGGCGAUCAAAAGUCUACUGGAUGAGGAUGAGUUCAAGGACGAAGCGCAACUCGAUCGCAAGAUCAAAGAGAUGGAGAAGAGCAUCAGAAAGCAAAGGAAUAAGGACGUCGGUGACUUGGAGGAAGAGCCGGAAGAGCCACCGACCUACCCAUUGCUGGAAAUCCCAGAUGAGGACUUGGACGAAGAUGGCAUUCGAGCCAAGAAGGCACAGAGACUUUUAAAGAGCAACCAUGACGCUCGCGCUCGAGCCAAAGCCGAGAAAGAAGCCGAGAAAGCACGACAAGCUGAAUUACAGAGAAUCGAUGAUGAGAGGAGAGAAGCAGAUCUGGAUGGCUGGGUUGAAGAGCGACGCGGCGCUCGCCUUGCUGUGUUGCAAAAGAUCAAGGAUCGGGAACGACUGAAAGCCGAGCUCACGAACCGGAAAUCACAAGCGAGUCAGAUGCGCAUGAAACACAUUGCCAAUCUCGCCUCAGAUACACCAACAAGCAAAAAGCGGCGGCGCGGCGGGACCGACGAUGAUGGUUUCGGUGCUGACGAUGCUGACUGGAUGAUCUACCGCGAGAUUCAAGCAGGCAAGAACGACGACGACGAAGACGACGAGGAAGAAGACUUCAGCGCUCAACUUAAAGGCAUCGAAGCCCAGCUUCUCGAACACGACCCCAAUUUCACCGAGCAGAGUACCCAAGAAGCCCAAAAAGACUGGACCAAAUCCCUUGUGCACGCCUUUCUACGCGGACCCUGGCCCUUUGACGGCGAGUCAGCGAAAGAGAGCAGUCAAUUCCAUCUCAACGUCGAACGCAUCCGCGUGCCAGAAGUUGUCUUCCAACCCUCCAUAGCCGGCGUCGACCAAGCCGGCCUCGUCGAAAUCGCAGAAGACAUCAUCACGCAACGCCUCACCUCCCACCCUUCGCGAAACGACAUCCUCAAGGACGUCUUCGUCACGGGCGGUUAUGCGCUUUUCCAGGGUUUCGAGGAGAGACUCCGAACUGAGCUGCGCGCCGUUCUCCCGGCGGAUUUCCAGCUCGGUGUGCGCACGGCCAAGGACCCUGUCCUAGAUGCCUGGAGGGGUGCGGCGGCGUGGGCGAGUUCUGGGGAGAGCCGCGCGACGUUUGUCACGAAGGAGGAGUAUUUGGAGAAGGGAAGCGACUACAUUCGCGAGCAUAAUUUGGGGAAUGUCUUCACUUGAGAUCGGACGUUGUGAAGAUAGAUGUACCUGUACGGAUUAUACAUUUACGUUUCUAGAAGAUCUGGGGCCGUAGCCUGUGUACAGGGCACGUGAUUUUCGCGCUGAGCUGCACUCGGAACAAUCUCGACUCUCUAGUCGAUAUCGAAACACGGUGGUCACGGAGACUUGUCGACUGCGAUUGACAGGCCGCGGCCGGGAGAACUGUUCUACCACGCUAGUGUACGCGACAUAAUUUAGUGCGCGUCCUCGGCUCCGCAGC